GCCGCUCCCCACGUGGGCGCGGGGGGUCGGGCUGCGCCGCAUGGAGGGAGGGAUGUUCCUGGAGGCCCGGCGGCGGCUGCAGCGCGGGCUGCUGAUCGUGCGUGAGCCCAAUUCAGGAAGCUUGCCUUUGGAUAUUUCAGUGACUCCAUCAUCCUUAAAGAUAAAAAGCUGUCAAGCCUGCACAACUAUCAACCUGCCUGCAGAGGUCAGGAUUGUUCCUUCCUAUUGCCGAGGAAUACAAUAUGUAGCUGGGGAUGGCUUACAUGUAAGACUGCAGGUCGAAUCAGAUUCAAAUGCAAAAUUGGUUUCAACUUUGUGUGAAAUCCUAAAAGCCAAUGAGAGUUGCAUCUUUUACUGUCAGACGUGUGGGGAGAUGAUAAUAAAAGACCGGACGUUUCUCCGAGUUCUUCCUUUGCCAAGUGAAAACUGGAGUGCUUUGGUUGAAGAGUGGUGUUGCCAUGCUAAUCCCUUUGCCACCGUUCUUCACCCUCAGAGUAAUGACUGUUUUCUUGGAGAGACAUAUUUUCUUGUGAAUUCAGGAUACGAGGCGCAUGUGCCAGGAGCUGAAAAAGUCAACUGGGAGACUGAACACUCUGCUUCUCAAAGUGGCUCUGCUUUGAAAUCAAAGGAAAAUACCAGAGUAAUUUGUAAGCGCUGCAAGACAAUGCUGGGAGAGGCAGUAUCAUCAGGGAUUAUAAAAUACUAUAUCACAGAGAUGAUUAUUCAGCCAUCGGAGAAAAGAUUUGUCAUGAUACCACGGUCUCAGUUUGUACAGAGCAUUAUAGCUCAGUGUCUUGUGGAACUGUCCUCUUGUAGAAGCACAUUUAGGUUCAGCAUACAAGGGCAUGAUGGAAAGGUCUACAUCUUGAUGUGGCUUUUAAAUGUUGACACGUUAUUGGUGGAGUCUCUGGGAAAUUCAGCUCCUAGCAAUGUUUUUACAUUGUUUGAAGAUAGUUUGAGGUCUCAUGCCAAAUCAUCAGGCACUUGGAAUGCUGUCAAAGUUCUUUACCAUCCCUGCAUUAAAAACAGGAAUAAAGACCUUGCUGAUUCAUGGGGAAAUGAUAUUGGAGUUCACUCCCUAAUAUUUCCAUCAAAAACAUGUUUGGAAUUGCUGCUGAUACUGAGUUUGAGUAAUGCUUCUCUGCCACCUUCACUUCGCUGCAUGAACUCCUUCCAGGGAGACUGAACAGAAAAUGUCCUGGAUAUUGAAUUCUUAUCAUGAUAUAUGGGAUUGUUAAGUACAUUUCUCAUGGUGGUGUUAUUGUGGAAAACCAGGCACUUGACUUCACUAUCAAGCCUCUGUUCUUAAGGCCAUAGACUAUGGUCCUUGGUGUUAACUAGAUGAUAGUUUUGGUUUUACUUUUACAGUUGCAUGAAAUUGAAAGAAUAUCGUGUUGUAAGGAUGGUAGAGCAAUUUCAAUAUAACAUUGAAAUAAUCCUAGAAUUUCAUUUCUUGUUUUAACCCAAUGUCACUGGGAAUUUGAAGGCAUAUUAAUAAUUUUUUAUCAAAACAGAAGCUGAAUUUGUUGCAGGAGUAUUUAUUAUAAUAAUGCCUCCAUAUAGGAAAAGGUUCAUUAGAACAUAAAAAUUGCCAUUUAGUGGGGCAGACCAUAGGUCCAUCUUGCCCUGUAGUCUGUCUCUCCCAGUAGCAGAAAUGCAGCUGCUAUAAGGGAGAGUGAACUGGGUAUUAUCAGGAUUUUUCUCUCACUGUUUCUCUCUCACUUGCAGUCUCCAGCAUUUAAGGUCUAGGAAGUUCUAAUUCGGAGGCUUUAUCCAUCCCUAAGUCCCAUGCUCAAUAGCUACUUUCGUCCAAGAAUUAGUCCAUUCCAUUUUUGCAUUUGGCUAAACUGUCAGCUUCCACCACGUCUAGUGGCAAUCAGUUCUAUACUUGAAUUACACUCUGUGUGGUGGGGAAAAAAAACUUCCCGAUGUUAGUUUUAAACGUACUAUCUGCUAGUUUCAUGUUGUGAUCCCUAGUUCUUGCUUUGUGAGAGAGAUUAAAUAAUACUGGUAAAUCCUAUUUACUCUCUCUUCACCUCUUAGUAUUUUGUAAACCCUUACCAUGACCCCUCGAGCAUCUAUUUUCUAAACUGAAUAGGCCUAGCCUCUAGUCCCUCAUAUGGAAGCCCUGCCACACUGCCAACCAUCAUUGUUGCCCUUUUUUUGUAUCUUCUCUAGUUUUUCUAUAUUCUUUUUGAGGUGUGGAGACCAGAAUUAGGCACAGUAUUCAAGGUGUGGAUACACCACAGAUAUAUAAAGGGGCAUGAUGAUCAGUUUUAGUUUCAGUCACUAAUGUUUUCGUGAUAGAACAACUUACCAAACGAUAUACUAAAAUCUCCAUUACUUUUUGAAGAUUUUAAAUUAAGAUUAGAUGAAUUUCUAAAAAGAGCUGUGCAUAAACUCAACCCCAUGAUAUGAGCUGGGUAUUAUUCAGCAACUCCUGCAGUAAAUUUCUGGCUAAUACAUGCAGAUCAGACUGGCUGAUUACAGUUAUUCCAUCUAGCCUUAAAGGUAAUUAUUAGGGCGGUGUGAAGCUUCGGUCACUAAUUCGAUUUGGAGGAGAUUUGGCCCGAUUCUGUGGUGGGGCAGAUGGAGCAUCCCAUGAGAGCAUGGGGGUGGGGGGUCCCCAGCAUGCUUGGCGGCAGACUGGGAAGUGUAUCAGAAGCACUUCCAGUCCACUUCCAGGUCUGCCAUGGAGCACACGGGGGACCCCCCCCCCCAACCUCCCACUCAGUGACUGGUGCCUCCUGGGUCUCAGGGUCCCCCUGUAGUCGAUUGCUGAGCCAGAAAGGCACGAGGGGGUCCCCUGCAUGCUUGGUGGUGGACCCAGAAGUGGACCAGAAGUAGUUCUGGUCCACUUCCGGAUCCACUGCUGAGCACACGGGGUGGGGGGGGGGGGGGCCCGUGCUCCUGUGGAACUCUCCAUCCACCCCAUCAUCUCGGUGUUCAUGAGCUGCACCUGGUACCUUGAGGUAUGUGGAAAAAAUGUAUAAAGCUGUGUCUAUGGCCGAAUCACUGAUUCUCCGAAUUGGAAUUGAAUCUUCAGAUUCAGCCAAAUUGAAUGAGGACAGUGAUCUGAAUCAGUGAAUCGCAUCACUGUCCCCCAAAUUGGGCGGAAUCCAAAUCGACUAUGGCCCACUUCGCACACCCCUAGUAAUUAUCUAUCCAUUACUAUAACAGUACAACUAUUUUGAGUUUUCAGAUGAUAAAGAAGUAUUUAUUAUUGCUUUUUAAUUGCUACAAUAAUUGUUACACAAUAAAGUGACAUAGGGAAGAUCAGAGUUCUUUAAUCCAUCAGAUCCAAAAUGGAUCCAUUUAUCUAUUUUGCACAAUUGUUCAUUUUUCAAUUCAAAAUCAUUGUAAAGAAUCCCAGAAAACUUUAGUGUUCUGUAACAGAUAUGCAGGAGCUGAAUUCAGUUAUGUGCCUUAAUGUCUUAGAGGCUUUUCAGCAUUGAAGAAUGUGUAAAAAAAAAAAAAAAAAAAAAAAAAAAAAAAAAAAAAAAAAAAAGCAUUUCCUGAAAACAAAAUUUCUGUGAGAAGGCAAAGAUAUUUGGUAAUUUUGGGACCAACGAUUUUCUAAAAUUAUAAAAAUCUAAUCAAUUUCAUUCCUUCUGUUCCUUUGAGUAUUUUGAACAGCAGAAGUGAAACUGAGCCAGAUUCUUAUCAGUCUGACUCUGCUGCUCCCUUAGAGUAUUUGGGGAAACAGUAGAGGUGGAGAAAGAAGCUACUGCUGUUCAGCGAGACUGAUGGAAAGUGACAUAGGAAUGUAAGAAGGAAAGGGAGAGAAAUGGACUUAAAUAUAUGUUCUUCACGUACCAAUCUCAGAAAGGAAAUUUGAGUAGAUCUAUACAACUAUUAAACUUUUUGGGUUUUUUUUAAUUUAAAAAUUGGUAGUUCACAUCAGGUAAACUCAUUACAGAGGCAUGAGAUUUUGCUGUAAGAUAGAAUGGGGAUUUAUGUAUAUACGUGUGCAUGUUUGUAUUUUGCACACAUCUGGCUGUAUCUUGUUGGAUUCUCUUACAGAAAAAUGCUGGGAUUUAAAAAAAAAAAUAUCCAAGGGAUUAAAAGACUCAUUUUAAUCAUUUCCAUUUCUAAAUCUAGAUUGUUAAAGCUACUUUUGAAAUUCUUACACAGUAGUAAUUGGAAGGUGAAGACACUGGUGUUAAAACGCAGAACACAGCUUCACGGAGGUGCAUGCAUUAAUUUUGUUUCCUAUGGACUUUAUUUUUUCUCAAAUAUAAAUUAAAAUGAGAAAUUACACUGA